CAUUCAUUAGUAACCCUAUUUGGACCUUUAUCCUGAAUUUUCCAGUUGGACUUUGUUCUUUGGGUUAUUUGAUUUGGGGAUUCCCUAAUUGGACUUCAUUCCUUGGACUAUUCGAUUUGGGCUGCACUUUUAGUGUGUCUCAACAGUAUGUUUAAUAAUGUGAUUGGAGACUUACAAAGUUAUUUUGUGACCAACCUGCUGUGCUGUUUUUUUAGCCAUAUUACCUUCAUGAAUUAAUGAUUUAUAUCAUACGAAAAAAGGAAAUAUAUGGAAUUAACUUGCGUACGCUUGCCACAUUUGACUUUAACGUGCUCUCAGUCUAGUUUUAUAAUAGCAGCGUUCAAAGGUAAAAUGUUAAUCCUUGGUGGGUGAGCUGAUAAUGGACAUGGCUUUUUAAGACCAGACAUAUUCUGUUAUGAUUAUGUGAUCAUCGGUAGACAGAAGUCCUUAGUCAUUUGAUCAAAGGAAAAAGUCUUUAUCCUUCUCAGAACCUUCGUUCAUUUGCAUUGAUCAACCAUUAAUGUGAGGGCAGAUUUGGUCAGGCAGAUGCAGAAAUAGUACUUCAAGAUCCAUUACGUGAUGGAGGCAGUCAGUCAAUAUAGAUUGAUCCGAAAUCUGAUUCAAAUCCAAUAUGGUACCUAUGCAAAAGGUUUCUUACGGCCAUUUGAUCAUUAUGCUUCGUGGAUGUGCCGAUACAGUCAAGCCAUCUCUUUCCACGCCUUUUCUACCUUCACAGCCAACUCAGAGUGCUGGAGGUUUUGGCUUUGGCAACUUUGGACAGCUACAAACAGCUAGUGCCAAUGUCUUUGGCGGCACAUCAAGUAUCUUUGGCCACGGCACGGUUGGGCAACCGUCAGGUACUCAAAGCUCUGCGGUUGCUCAAUCUGCUCUUGCUACAAAUCCUUUUGGAACCCUGCCAGCGAUGCCCCAGAUAUCAAUUGGCCGCACAGACACUUCUCCUUCUAUCCAGUAUGGAAUUUCCAGCUUGCCACAGGUUGUUGACAAACCAGUGCCUAUCAGAAUAUCGUCUUUUUUGACGUCUCGACACCUUUCUCAUAGGUGUAUUAGAUUACCUGCAAGGAAAUAUCACCCUAAAAAUGAUGGUCCGAAGGUGCCAUUUUUUAGUGAUGAUGAGGAGACACCCAGCACGCCAAAGGCAGAUGCUCUUUAUAUUCCCAGGGAGAACCCAAGAUCUUUAGAAAUUCGUCCAUUGGAACAGAUAUCCUCUAGAGCAAGCUCAGAGAAAAGAUCCCCAUCAAACCCCAAGGCUACUACUCCUGUACAUGAGAAUGGUAAACAGUUGUAGCAUUCUAUAUCUAAUGAGAUGUGCUAGACUUUGUGCUCUUUGAUACGUGGAAUGAUUUAGGAAUAUCGCUAAAAUAAUUACAGAUGCUACCUCUAAGAUUAGUCCACUUAGAAGUUGUUGGACACCUCAAGAGAGCCGAAGCGCCUCAUGGUAGCUGGUUACGAUUCAUUUUCCCUUUUUUUAUUGAGAUUAUAAUUAGUACAAAGGCUGAAUUUUUUUUUU